UAAGAGUGGGGACAGUGCAGUCUGCAUCGCUGUCCAAAUUGACCUCCUCAUCGUUCGAAACAUCCUGCAGUCGCCUAUCCGCGAUGCUAGCCAACAGGAGCGCAGGACUCCGUGCGCGCGUUGCGCACCAGGUCUGCACCGUGCGGCCCGCUGCCGCCUUGCCGGCAAGUCGUCCCACUCCAGGCAAAUUCGGUCGUUCCCAGGGAGCCAAAACCAAUGCGAUUUCUGCUCGGGCCCUAUCUACGACGUCUUCUUUGCGCAACAGCAAUGCCGAAUUCUCGAGGGAGCGUGAGCUUGGCGCGAAGGAGGAGACAAACGAUGUCACCACGACGGACAGAUUGCUGAAGGAGUCUCGAAAGAGAGCGGACUCCGCACAUCAGGUCGUUCCCAUCCGCUCGCGGAUUCUCUGGUCUGAAGCGCUGAUGCGCCAAUCCAUGCCGCCCUCCACCGCCGACCCAGACACCUCGCGCCCGAACCGCAUCCCACCCGAUGUGCCACGCAACAUGCAUGACUCGUACUGCGAGCUCCUCCUGCCCUUCGCGAGCUCCCCGGAGCUGCUCGAGCAAUACACCAAUGCGAGCGGCGGCAUCCGGACGGGCAUGCUGUUGGAGCACUUGGACUCGCUCGCGGGUGGCAUCGCGUACAAGCACAUGUUGGGUCCGGGCGUGGAGGUGCUGAGCAAGGACCAGGGAUUCUACAUCGUCACCGCGAGCGUUGACCGACUGGACAUGCUGGCUCCGCUGUACCCUGUGCGGGACAUGCGCCUAAGUGGUCAGGUCAUCCACACAGGACGCAGCUCCAUGGAGGUUGCUGUCCGCAUGGAGGCACUAGAGAAGGAUGGGCGUGAACAGACCAUCAUGCUCGGUCGGUUCUUCAUGGUCUGUAGGGAUGCAAGGACCCACAAGGCCGCGCCGGUGAACCCGCUCAGUCUGACCACAGCCGAAGAUAAGCAGCUCUUCGCGCUUGGAGAAACGCACAAGGACCGCCGUCGUGCGCGUACCUCAGCGGCGCUGGACCGCGUGCCGCCUACCUCCUCCGAGGCGGAGGAGCUGCAUUCGCUCUACCUGCAGUACGGCAACUACGGCACGAGCACCGGAAAGAGCGAGAAUGAGCCGUUCGUGGGUCCAGAUGGGCUCCAGCGGGUGUGGAUGGGUGACACGCGCCUGGAGAAGUGCAUGAUGAUGUUCCCGCAGGAAAGGAACGUGCACCAGAAGAUCUUCGGUGGAUACCUGAUGCGUCUUGCGUAUGAGCUUGGCUUUGCGAACGCGGAGCUUUUCACGGGAUGCCACGUUCUCUUCGUCUCCCUCGACGGCAUCUCGUUCGCGAAGCCCGUCCCUAUUGGUUCCAUCCUUCGUCUGACGAGCCACAUCCUGCACACCACGCAGUCCGAGAAAUUCCCUGGACUGAUCCAUGUCGUUGUCCAGGCUAAUGUCGUGGACGUCGCGACUGGCAAGGAGCAGACCACCAACGACUUCAGGUUCACUUGGUGCACAGACCAUAACAUCCCUGUGACGAGGAAGGUUGUUCCCAAGACAUACAAAGAGGCGAUGCUCUGGCUCGAGGGCCGUCGUGCCCUGGAGAUGGGCGCCGAGAUCCGUACGUUGAGGUACGCUGCUGGCGGACCUGGCAUCCACGGCACCGAGCCUGUCAAGAAAUCUGACGACGCCGCGGAUGGAGAGAAUCGAGUUGGCGGUGGUUGGCGGGACGCAGAAGAGCAGCAAUGAAUCGUUGAGGUCGGACUUUGACAUAGAGAUAUAUUAGUAGUGGCCACGAAUGUUUUGUAUAGUACCUCGUCGCACAUCCUAUCCUGUUGUAUGUCUCCA